AUGAAGUCGGCUAUUAUCAUGUCUCUUGCGGCAAUGGCUGUCGCCGCCCCCGGACCAUUUGGUCCAGGAGGAUGGGGUGGUCACGGAGGUCCAGGAGGACAAUCUGGUGGAGGUUGGGGAGACUGGUCAGGUCAAGCUGAAAAUGGUCAGUCGACGUCGUCUUGCGAAGAGACAACAACAACAGAAACCCCCGCUGCCUCCCCUAUCGCAGAGAGCACAACAACCACUACUCCUUCCCCUGCUCCCGCCCCUGAAACUACCCACGUCUGGCAAGACUGGAAUUCAUCCACGACAACCACUCCCUCUCCUGCUGUUAGCCCUAUCCCCGAGAGCACAACGACAGAAUCCCACUCCCAGUGGGCUGACUGGACUUCUUCCUCAUCUGAGAUCGUUUCCCCUUCCCCAGUUCAGGCACCAGCACCCGCAGAAACCCAUUCCCAAUGGGUCGAUUGGACCACUUCCUCCUCUGAGAUUGUUUCCCCCGCCCCGAUCCCAACCGAAACAACAUCUUGGGCUGACUGGACCUCCUCCGCUGCUCCAGCUCCCGUGGAAACUUCUUCCACUGUAUGGGGCGAUUGGACUUCCUCUGCUGCCGUGGCUCCUGCCCCGGCCGAGACAACCAGCUGGGCCGACUGGACUUCGUCCGUGGCCCCUGCUCCCGUGGCGCCCGUGGAGACUUCAUCUUCGGUCUGGGUCGACUGGACCAGCUCUGUGGCCCCGGCCCCGAUUGCUGCGAACAGCACCACUGUUGCUCCAGCUCCCAUCGAGACUUCUUCAGUCUGGGUCGACUGGACCAGCUCCACUCCUGCUGCAGUGACCACUACCCCGGUUGCUCCCAUCACGACCGCAGCUCCGUCGACGACCCCGGUGGCGCCCGUCAUCACCACAUCUGUCGUCCCGUCAUCGACAGCACCAGUGGCCCCUGUGGCCAGCGUCUUCACUGGUGCCGCUGCAGCUCUGCCCCCGGCCGGGUUCAAGAUCGCCGGUGCUGCUCUUGCCGCCGCCAUGAUGGUCGCUGCCAUGUUGUAA